AUGACUGAGAGAGCCGGCUCUGACAAGGCCAGGGCUGAUAGAAUUUGGGCAACCAGAAUUUGGGAUGGGAAAGCCAAGAUCGACAAACCCAGGGAUGAAAAAGGUUCAGUUACUCCGAAAGUUAAGAGACAAAGUGUUGAUGACUUUGGAAUUGUUCCCAAAAGGCAUGGAUCAGUGCGAAGUAGUGAACAUGAAGAUCACAAAGCUCUACUGGAUCAUGAUAUGAGUAAAUCAUCAACUCUCCGACGGGGUAAGAUCAACGAUGAUGUCCGACAUGUUGGAAUUGUCAAAGUUGCACCAAGAGAGUGUUUUCCCUCACGACAUGUUGCAAUGAGCAAAGCGGAUAGGAAUACUAGCUGUCAAGGACCCAUGAAGCGUCAACCUUUGUCUAAUGAUUAUCACCCUGAUAUGGCGGGUAUAUCUGGAAGUUUUGAUGUCAAUCAACAUGUACCAUGUUUGGAAACUAGAGAUUGUAGCAAGGUGAAAAAAGAUCUUAACGUAUUCGAAGAUACUUCAACCAAAUCCUGGAAAAAUAACUGGAGCAAGGAACAUCAGCACAAUACCAACAAAGUCAAUAGCCAUUUUCUUCUGGGGAGAAAAAGUCAACCAUUGUCAAUCCACCACCGACUGCACCAAACGAGUAUGCUUGUAGAACUUGCUACUAAAAAAUCGAUGGAAGUGAAUUAUAAAGAUCGUAGCAAGGUCAAGGGGGCUUUAAGAGCCUAUAAGGAGAUAUUGACCAAGUCCAUAACACGAAAAUGUAAUUCGUGUUACGUUAAAGCAGCUAUGGUUCUCAAAAAGCAAGGAAAAUGGGUUAACACGAGGAGACAAGUUGGAUCCAUCGGAGGAGUAGAGGUUGGUGAUAAGUUUCGGUAUAGAGCUCAACUUAAUGUUGUUGGUCUUCAUAGACAAUAUUACAUUGGUAUUGAUCAAAUGAGGAGAAAUGACGGUAAAAUUUUGGCCAUAAGUAUUGUUGAUUCAGGUCGCUAUGCCAACAAGUUGCAAUCUACUGAUAUUUUGAUCUACUCUGGACAAGGCGGAAAAUCUUUGUUCAAUAAAACUAAACCGACGGAUCAAACAAUGCAAGGUGGAAAUCUCGCGCUAAAGAAUAGCCAAGAAGAAGGAACUCCCAUCAGGGUUAUUCGGAAGCUGAAACAUUUAAAUGGUUCGUGUUAUGUUUACUGUGGCAUAUACAUAGUCGAAAGAGUCUCAGAAGAAAAAGAAUUUAGUAUUUUGAUCUAUAAAUUUAGGCUGAAAAGGAAGCCGGGACAAACAGAGCUUUCAUUUGACACCAACUAA